GCCUACUGCACUACACGACCAACCAGAGAACGGCGAGGAAGGGGCAGCGUGCUGUAGAAGAAGAAGAAGAGGAAGCAGCAGCAUCUCUACCCAAUCUCCAGCUUUUGGAGUCUGACCUUUAACCUUGUGGACUAGAUUCGUCAUCGGGUGAAUUCUUGAGGAUCGGUUUGAGUUUUAUUUGUUUUCACAUCAACAUGCAGGCACAGCUGGCGUGUAUGCUUCUCCUCUGUUUCACAUGUGGUGGACUUUGUACAGACGUCGACCGGGAUCCGCAAGCGCUGGAAGAGGAGCUAGUCCGCAGUCUCUUCCCUUCUAAGGCCAAACAGAAUAAGCAGAGUGCCCCCUACUGGCGUGUGUCGCUGGUCGACCUGUGCAGGAUGCUGAACGGCGUGCGGGAGGAGGCGUGGAGCAGCGAGGAGGAGGGCGAGGAGGAGGGCGAGCUGAGGGAGGGGAGCCUCCACCUGCGGGAGGAGCUGUACAACCUGCAAGUCCUCUGUAGAGCGCUGCAGAGCUGGGAGGAGAGGAUACUCCGUGGCCCUCAAGACUAUCUGGAGGGGAACAGGGACAACCCGCUGAAGCGUAAGUCCCCGUACAUCCUGAAGAGGCAAGCGGCGCACACCACCAAGUCCCGGAGGCCGUACAUCUUGAAGCGGAGUACGACUUACUGACGGGCGUCCCAGAGGCCCGGGGGGGGGCGCCUGAGAGGACCAGGCGGUGUGCUCUCUGCCGAGAGGUGAACGUAGGGUUUCCUCUUUCUUCUCGUAGCUGCCAUGUUUUGUUUCUGUUCUUUUCCCGUUGUCGUUGCUUUGAAAGCGGUCCGACUCUUCGAUUGUGCGUCCAGCAUUGAGGCCUGACUGUAUUCUGCUCCUGUCAAAUAUAGGUCCUGAAAAUAAAGUCUUGAGCAUCAAGCCAAAUGUGUAUUUCUGAGAAAUUAUAUUUAUUUACUCUUUAUCUCUGGACCUUGAGUCUGAAAUAAAAGUUUGAUUGAUUGAUUGGUAUAUUUCUUCUGCACUCGGAGCCCAUCUGGUUUAAAGACAUGAUUAAAGGAUUCAUGAUACAAAA